AUGUUUCUUCGUUCUAUUCUUUGUAUUAAUCGAUAUUCUCUCAUAUCAAUUUUUCGUACUCAUACAAUAUCAUCAAAUACAACACAUUUUGGUUAUGAUGAAAUACCUGAAAAUGAAAAACAAAAUCGUGUUAAUGAAGUUUUUUCAUCUGUUGCUGAUAAAUAUGAUCUUAUGAAUGAUAUUAUGAGUUUAGGUAUACAUCGUAUAUGGAAAAAUUAUUUUAUUCAAAUUGUUCGUCCUAAUCCACAAUGGAAUUAUAUUGAUGUAGCUGGUGGUACAGGUGAUAUAGCAUUUCGUUAUUUAAAAGAACUUGAUCGAUAUUAUCCAUCAUCUUCAAUAUCAUUACCAGAACCUCCAAUUACUCCAACACAUUCAUAUAUGGCAGAAUCUAUUGAACAAACACGUAUUUAUCCAACAUCAAAAUGUGUUGUUGCUGAUAUAAAUUCAAAUAUGCUUACUGUUGGUAAACAACGUGCAUUAGAUAAUAAUUAUCAUAAUCGUAUACAAUGGAUUGAAACAAAUGCUGAAGAAUUACCAUUUCAUAAUGAACAAUUUGAUAUGUAUACAAUAGCAUUUGGUAUAAGAAAUUGUACACAUAUUGAUCGUGUUGUAUCUGAAGCAUAUCGAGUAUUAAAAAAAGGUGGAAGAUUUCUUUGUUUAGAAUUUAGUCAAGUUAAUAAUACAUUAUUACGUUAUUUUUAUGAUCAAUAUUCAAAAAUAUUUAUACCACCAAUGGGACAAAUAAUAGCUAAUGAUUGGAAAUCAUAUCAAUAUUUAAUUGAAUCUAUACGUAUUUUUCCUAAACAAAAUGAAUUUGUUGAACUUAUACGUUCAUGUAAAUUUCGUUAUGUUAAUUAUGAAAAUUUAUCAUUUGGUAUUGCAGCUAUUCAUUCAGGAUAUAAACUUUAG